AUGUCUGCAUGUUCGAAUUUCACUUCACCUGGAAUAGCGCAAGCAUAUCUCCUCAUCCUCAUCACUUUGCUCUUCUACCUUGAAAUGACAAAGAUGCCACUUGAAUGCUACAUGCAAACAAGGUCAGCUCGACAGAGAAGGCUUGACUAUGAUCCCACAUUCCUGCUUGCUCCUGAUCAAAAUUUUUGCAAGGAUCAUGAUCAUUUAAUGGUAUAUCAGACAAGAACGGAUGAUUUCGAAGGAAGAGCCUUUUUUCGCAAAGUCUUCAGCAAUUACUCUAGCCAGCAUAAUUUCACCAUUAUCUUUCCUCUUGGGCUUUCGUCGAAUCUCACCGUGAACGAGGCACUUUUUGAAGAACACACGAGAUUUGGCGACCUAUUACAAGCUGAUUUCUUGGACACCUACCGGAAUCUAACUUUCAAGACCUACGCCUACUCUCGAUUUAUUAGCCGGAACUGCACGAAUGUACUUGCGGUCAUCAAAGUUGACGACGAUAUUGUUUUCAAUAUUGAAUGGAUGUUCAGUUAUUUGUCUGGAAUCAACAGAACGACCAAUACUUUGCACUGCCGGACAGUUGAGAAGCCAUUUUCUAUUCGGGAUAAAACAAGCAAAUGGUAUAUCAGCGAAAAAGAUUACCCUUUCCAGUACUUUCCUAAGUACUGUCUCAGCCCUCUCAUAGCCGGAACUCCAGCCACUUUCAAAGCGCUGCAUGAUGCCACAACCAAAAUUCCACAUGUUUGGCUGGAUGACGUGUUCAGUACUGGGCUUGUUGCUAAAGAAGCUGGAGUAACCUUUAGAAAUCUAUCAAUCAACAUAGAUUCUGACUAUAGUCCAUUUCUCGCAAGGACCGUAAUAGCACAAUAUUUGAACAAGACCGAUGACAUGACAAUGCUGCUAAAAGCCAUGGAAUCCAAAGUCAUAUCUAGACCUCUAUGA